AUGAAAUUGGUGGACAUACCUAUAAUAGGAGGUAAAUUCACAUGGUUCAACAGUAACGGCAAAUCUAUGAGCAGGAUCGACAGACUCUUUCUAUCUGAGAGUUUCAUAGAGGAUUGGAACAUCGAGGGGAAAUAUAUAGGAGCUAGAGAAAUCUCUGAUCACGCGCCGAUUUGGAUUAAAAAUAACAGGAAGGACUGGGGGCCGAAACCCUUUAAGUUCAACAAUGGUUGGUUAAAACACCCGGAUUUUGGCAGUUUUGUAAAGGAAGAAUGGAGUAAGAUAGUUGUUAUAGGGAGAGGGGACUUCUGUUUGGUUGAAAAGCUGGAGAUUCUAAAGGGUCGGCUGGCUUGGUGGAAUAAAUCAGUUUUUGGAUGGAUUGACUUAAACAUAAAAAGCGCGCAAGAAGAGCUGAGUUUUUUAGAUGACUUGUUUGCUAGUUUUGCAGGUACGGUGCGUGACGAGGAGGUGAGAAGGAGGGCAAAAGUGGUGGAAGUUUUUUGGGAAAACCUCUUUAAGAAGGAGAGUCUUCUUAGGCUCAAAUCAAGACAGUCGUGGCUAGCCGAGGGAGAUAAUAACACGAGGUUUUUCCACUGCUCUCUAAAAGGAAGACGAAGCAAGAAUAAGUUGUGUUCUCUUCAAUAUAAUGGAAGGAGGUUAGAGGAAGUUUCCGAAAUAAAGGAGGCCGUUUUUAAUCAUUUUAACGACUUUUUUACGGAGCCAGAACAUAAUAGACCAGUGUGUUUUUUUCCUAAUUUGAAAUUUCUUUAUAUGUCUGAAUCUUUGGAGCUUGAAAGCCCUUUUUCUUUGGAAGAAUUGAAGGAGGCGCUUUGA